AAACAACAAACACGCCUCCUCGGUCUGUCAUGCGAGUUUCAACGUUUAUAUUUUAAGAUAACCGCCGUUUUCUGAAGGCUUGAACCGUUUUGAAGUCGACUCCUUUUUCAUUUACCGCGGAUCGUAACGAGACAACUAGUGAGGACAUUGACAGCUAGCUAAUGUAGUCAAGCUCACCUGUAUACCUGUCCUAUGGCAAGAUGCUUCUCCGGACGUUGUGGUCCAGACUUGGAGCUCAGCGGCCUGUAGAGAGGAAUCCAGUCUACUUCUGUGCCUCAGCCUGUCUCUCCCAACCACCCAAGUAUGAAUCCAAACCCAGGACUCACUCAAACUGGCCUGCCCAAAGGAUCUUUUCAAGGACCUAUCAUUUAAACACUCUCCACCAACAGCAGAGGCACAUAAGACAUGUUCUGCCUGUUUUAGGUGGAUCUAAAAGUCAUGGCAGUGCUUUGUUAGCUCAGCCUGGGAGGCUGACUGAAUGUGGAAGUGGACAGAAGCGUUUUUAUUCAGCCGACCUUGUGAAGUCUGUUUUAAAAGCGAGUUUAAAACCAGCAGCAACCGUGCCUGGAAAACGGGUUCCCAAAGGACCAAGAACGAAACAACCUUCUAGAGCCAAUCAGCCUCCCCUGAAUGUGGACAUGGAUAUGAUGCAAUGUAUUGCCUUUGCAACAGCAGAUCAGUAUCAUUUGCCAACACUUGGCCAUGACUUGAUGAGCCACGGCUUCAGUGAGGUAGAUUUACCAAGAGAUGCUUCAAAUGUGCUGGUGAUAAGCACAGACUCUGCUGCUAAACCAGAUGACGAUGCUCUGAUGUUUUUCUUCAGAGAAGGCUCAGUCGUUUUCUGGAAUGUUGAGGAUAAAACGAUGAAAAGUGCAAUGAGAAUAUUGGAGCGUCAUGAGCUCCAGCCCUAUGAAGUAGCUUUAGUCCACUGGGAAAAUGAGGAGAUUAACUACACUGUUGGAGAAGGAAACACAAAGCUGGAACGUGGCAACUUUAUUCUGAGUGACAACAUGGAUCAACAAGAAACUGUUCUAGAGAAAUUUGCCUUUUCCAAUGCACUGUGUCUGUCAGUGAAGCUGGCAAUAUGGGAGGUGUUUUUAGACAACUUUGUAGACUCGAUUCAAACUAUUCCAGAGACGCUGAAGUCGGGCAAAAGAGUUAAAUUGUCAUCCGCAGAGGUUAUGAAGAAGAUAGGCGAGCUGUUCUCAUUAAGACACUGUAUAAACCUGAGGUCUGACCUGCUCAUGACUCCUGAUUUCUACUGGGACCGAGAAAACCUGGAGAAGCUCUACGAUAAGACCUGCCAGUUCCUCAGCAUCAACCGCAGAGUUAAUGUUGUAAACGAGAAGCUGGAACAUUGUUCACAGUUAACAGAUCUGAUGAGGAGCCACCUGAGUGAGAAGCACAGCUUGAGGUUGGAGUGGAUGAUAGUCAUCCUCAUUACUAUUGAGGUAAUGUUUGAACUUGCAAAAAUGAUCUUCUGAGCUGCUCCUCCAAUGAUGCACUAAUCUAUAAAGGACGCUGGGACCUGCAAAGGAAAAAUGCUGCACUAUAAACAGGUACUUUGUCUGUAAUAUGUGACAAAUCGUGAAGCGGACCUGGAUAUUUUUGAAUGUCUUAUUGUUUCUGUUGGGCAAUAUAUAUAUAUAUUUCAACAACACACAAUUGUUGUUCUUUAUUUUUUAAUUUAUUUUUUUUUACCAUUUAUUGACUGUUUUACUGAAGGUCAUGGCUAAAAACAAAGUGUAGCAGUAAGCCUGUCACAAUAACUGCAAUAUGGAAUUAUAGAGGUCAAUAAAAGUGAUCAGAGUCACGUCCAAAUACCGUAUGAUAUUGCCCAUUGUGUUUACACAAGAAUGUCACCAACAUGAUGCCAUAUAAACAACAGGUUAUAAGACUUGGGUGUUGUUUUGUUGUCAUUUCUGCUCACGCACACAACUAAACGUGAACUGCUCAUUAAGACGGGUGUAUUUGCAUUAUUAUGCUAUUAUAAUAGCAAAUCAGUGUCAUUAAAUCGUCUUAAAAUUAAAGUAACAUUGUUUACCGCAGUUAUUUCUAGGGCAAUUUGUCUUCCAACAAAAAGUGGUUAUUGUGACAGGCCUGUGCAUCAGUGGGACUUUUAAACUUUUGGGAACAGCCGAUAACACAGUUGAGUUUUGUCUGAUAAUUUUUGCGUCAAACAAUGUUCAGUCAUUUUUACAUUAUGUGCAAAAGUCUAAACAUUUUUUUAAAGGAGGGAAGGGACUUAACUCAGCAUGUGAUUAUUCUUGUGACUGAUACCAGCAGUGGAAAAAAGAAAACAAGAUAAUGUGUUUAAAAUCAUGAACUUGAAACACUUGUGAGUGUGAGUGCUGUGUGACAAAUGUAAUAAAGUAUUUGUUUUA